AUGCAAGAAAAAUCAACCACUGUUGCCGCAUAUGCGGCCGGCGCUUCCCUCGCCGCUGUCGCCCUCUUUUACGUCUUCGGGCCCAAUUACACAAUCGACGGGGAUGAGUCAAGUGAUAGCAACCGUAAAAAGAGUAUUGUCGGUCUAUCCAAUCCCGCCAAUGACUGCUUUAUCAACUCGGUCUUGCAGGCGCUUGCUGGCCUGGGCGACCUGCGUGUUUAUUUGAUUAGAGAACUCCAUCGGCGCGAGCUGGAUGGGCCGGAGGUCUAUAACUCUCUACCGGAUGUAAAGGAACUCGCCAGCGGUGAGAAGUCGGAGAAGAUCCGGGAGUUGCAGCAGGGCACAAUCACUCGGGCUUUGAAAGAUAUGUUGGACCGGUUGAAUGAGCGCCCGAUUUACAAGAAGACAAUUUCGGCACGUCCAUUCAUCCAGGCUCUCGAAUACGCAUACCGGACCCGGAUUAGCCGUAACCAACAGGAUGCACAGGAGUUCCUACAAAUCGUUGCCGAACGGCUUUGUGAUGAAUACCAUGCCGGUGUCAAAGCCCGACAGAGACUGCAGGGGCCCAUUGGCCUACCCACAGGCUCGGAAAUCUCAAAAAGUACCGAAGAUGUCACAUCCGCCAAGAGUCCAUCUGAGAUUGAGGUACGCAUUGACGACGGAUCCGAGAACGGCCUGCCGGCAAUCAUCGAUACCAAACUCAAGGAGAUCGACAACGAGUAUGGUUUUCCGUUUGAGGGGAAGCUCGAGUCUCAAAUUGAAUGUCAAUUUUGCCAUUAUAAGUAUAAACCUAACCAGACCUCCUUUGUCAACUUGACGUUACAAGUACCACAGAAGAGUUCCACCACCCUCAGUGCGUGUUUCGAUGGCCUCCUCAAGACCGAACACAUCGACGAUUUUAGGUGUGACAGAUGCCGUCUGCAGCAUGCACUCGAAGCGAAAAUGCAAGACCUGAAGCAAACACGCGGAGUCAAAGAGCAGCAGCUCCUCCAGGCCGAAAUCCAAAAAAUUCAGAAUGCUUUGUCAACAGACCCAGAGGGCCCGCUCGAAGGUGUUACUCUUCCGCCCGCAGAGGCGGCUCCCAAGCGAAAGAUCGCACGCCAUAUGCGCAUCACGGUCUUCCCUAAGAUCAUUGGGAUCCAUCUCUCACGGUCUAUAUUCGACCGCAGCAGUUCCACCAAGAACGCGGCAAAGGUAGCUUUCCCUGAACGACUUCCGCUGGGAGGUAUCCUGAAUCAGAAAUGGUUCAAACUGCUGGCGAUUGUUUGUCACAAAGGCAGUCACAACAGUGGUCAUUACGAAUCAUUUCGACGAAACCAUCUUUAUCCGCCUUUCUCGACACCGGAUGUCUUCAGUUCCAUCUCGACUUCAACCUCAUCGCCAUCUUCUUCGUCUCUUUCUCCGGCCCCGUCGCGAUCCCCAUCGAGGAAGAAGUCUGCAUCUCAAUUAAAUCCCCCAGCAUCCCCGGCUCCCCGGCCAAGCACGUCAUCGAGCUCCCGUAUUUCCUUCCAGAGCAGCCGCACCAAAUCCAAGCAGAACUUGUCUCCGACGUCGGAUCCUCAGAGUCCUGCCACUGAUGGUGGACGCUGGAGCAAGUCCAGCUCGCGCCCAUCAUUUAUGAGCGAUCGCAUAACCCCAGGUACUUCCGCCGAGACCUCUACCGGGCCCACUUCUCGCCUUCGACGUCGUCGUAAGGCAAAUGAUCGAUGGUGGCGCAUCUCGGAUGAGAAGGUCAAGGAAUGUAAGACAUCGGACGUUCUGGGUAUGCAAAAAGAGGUCUACCUCCUAUUCUACGAGAUGGAGAAGCCAACCAAUGGCUCACAGGUUCCAUGA